GUUAAUGACGCUCCUAAGUGUGUGGUUGAUGAUCGGUAACCAGAUUUUCUUGUUUAUCAUUGCUGACAUGUUUUCUUCUCUCUUUGCUAUAGCAAACACCGUCAAUCCAUCCAAGGAUUCACAAAAGAAAAAAUUGACCAAUUUCAGAGACUCGUCAAGCUCCUUUACGGAUACUGAAAAAUUUGUUGAAGAAAUCCUAGAUAAAACGUCAGCCAUAAUUUUUGCAGAGAUCAAAGAGGAGAAUAUAAAGCAGCAUGGGGAACAACUUGGUGGUGUGGUAUCAGAAACUAUAAGAAAACAGCUUGCCAUGGAGUUGAAGAACCUAGCAACGAUAUUCAAGAACACAGCGUACACAGAAGGUUUUCAUGCCGGCACUUACAUCCGACCAAAGCAUAUGUGAAACCGAAGUUUAUUCACAACAGUGGGGUGCUGAAAUGAUUUAUCAAAGAGUCUCUGUGUAUGACAUUCUAUCAUUCUUCACUGUUAAUCGAUGCAUCUAACUUUAAUGGACAAUUCAUCUAUUUGGCAAUGGCUUUGUGUGGGUCCUUCAUAGAAAUCUUAAUACUGUCUUACAUUUCCUGCAUAGGUUCCUGUUCAUCUUACGUGGCUUCAGUAUAUGAAAGUGGUUACCAAUAUAGUAGACGACGAUCAAAUCUCACUAUGAGAACCACGCAAAUUGUCUAUUGAACAUUUCUUAGCUGCAUUUGGUAGGUGGUAAUGAAACAUGGGAAUGAAAUGAC